GGAGACGCAUGGUCGGUUAAUACAUUUGCUCACGAUUUUGAUAGCGGCAGAUUGCGUUGUGAAUGGCCAUUUAACGACGGCUGGCAAAAGCAUUAAAACGAGCCUGGUUGGGAGUCAAUAAUUCGUUGAGUUUUUUCCGCAAAACACGGCUCUAAUCGUGAGUAGCAUCGCGCGUCCCCGCGUGUUCAACAAGCACAGGCACACAUACACCAUACCCGAGCGACACUGGUGCUGCUGCUGCUGCUGCCGUUGGUCAGACCGAGCCCGAAAUUCGUGUGGGAUUAACCAUCGCCUGACUGCACACAGAGUGCCAUCGCACGAUUCACGAAGCGGACGUGAACGAGCAAACACCCGGGGACCAUAAUCCAUCGGCAUAUCAAACUUGCUGUGAACGCGGCGAAACCACACAACCGUUUCUUGCACCUCGCUCGCUUUUCGCCCGUGAACAAAAGGAUGGAAUUUGAUUCGGGUUCCGCUGAGCUGAACCAACGAAUAGCCGAAUGGUUGCGCUGGGAUAAGAAUGAAAAGACUCUGGAGGAGGUACGCGAGCUGGCACGGCGCAGUGAGUGGAAGGUGCUCGGGGACCGGUUGCUGCAGCGGCUCACCUUCGGUACGGCCGGGCUGCGCGGCGUGAUGCAGGCCGGGUUUAAUGCGAUGAACGAUCUGGUGGUCAUACAGUCGGCGCAAGGAUUGGCCAAGUACUUGCUGCAGUGCUACCCGUCGGCAGAGGACCGUUCGCGGGGCGUGGUGCUGGGGUACGACGGGCGGUACAACAGCAAAAGAUUCGCUGAGCUAAGUGCUUGCGUCUUUCUGCACGAAAACAUUCCGGUCUGGCUGUACAGCCGCACGGUCGCGACACCGUUCGUGCCGUUCGCCGUGCUCGAGCUCAAGUGUCUGGCCGGCAUCAUGGUGACGGCGUCCCACAACCCGAAGGAAGACAACGGCUACAAGGUGUACUGGACGAACAGUGCGCAGAUCAUACCACCGCACGACAAAAACAUACAAACAUCAAUUAUGGAGAAUUUGGAACCGCUCGAAUCGUCCUGGAACCUGGAGCUGCUGCUGUCCGACAAACUUAACGAUCCGUACGACCAGAUGGUGGAGCUGUACUUCCGCAAGCUGCAGGCGAACGUACCGCAACCCUUCAUCCGGGACUACAACGCAACCAGCCCGCUGCGCUUCGUCUACUCGGCCAUGCACGGCGUCGGCUACCCGUUCGUGGUGAAAGCGUUCGAGUGUGCCCGGCUGCCGGCAGUCGUAGCGGUGCCGGAGCAGCGCGAUCCCGAUCCCGAGUUUCGGACGGUAAAGUUCCCCAACCCGGAGGAGGGCAAAUCGAGCCUGGUGCUGUCGAUGCAGCUCGCUAACGAAACCGGAUGCGACGUGAUACUGGCUAACGAUCCGGACGCGGACCGAUUGGCUUGUGCUGAAAAGGAUGCCAAAGGUGAAUGGCGUGUUUUCAGUGGCAAUGAGCUGGGCGCACUGCUGGGUUGGUGGGCUAUACGAUGCUACCGGGAGCAGCACUCGGACCGGAGUCUGUCCGAUUGCUAUCUAAUUGCGAGCACGGUAAGCAGCAAGAUGUGCCGCUCGAUUGCGAACGUUGAUGGACUGAACUUUAUCGAAACGCUGACCGGCUUCAAGUGGAUGGGUAAUAAAUCAGUGGAACUGCUUGCCCAGGGCAAAACGGUACUGUUUGCGUUCGAGGAAGCGAUCGGGUUCAUGUUUUCGCCCACCGUACUGGACAAGGAUGGCGUCAGUGCGGCCUGCCAUCUCGCGACGAUGGCGUGCUAUCUGCGUGCCACCUCGAACCAAUCGCUUGCCGACAAGCUGAACGAACUGUACGACAUCUACGGUUUUCACUGUACACUCGCUUCGUAUCACUUUUGCUACGAGCCACCGGUGAUGGAGCGUAUCUUCAAGCGUAUCCGGAACAUGGGCCCGGCCGGCGAUGCGCAACAGGAUGAAAACUACCCCCAGACGGUCGGUGCCGGUCGGUUUAAGAUAGCGGACGUACGGGAUCUGACCACCGGGUACGAUUCUUCCCAACCGGAUGGCCGUGCGGUGCUGCCGACGAGCAAGAGCUCGCAGAUGAUAACGUUCUCGUUCGAAAAUGGUGCCGUCGUGACGCUGCGUACGAGCGGCACCGAGCCGAAAAUUAAGUAUUACGCCGAAAUGUGUGCACAGCCGGGGCAACGUGACUGGAACGGUUCCAAGGCAACGCUACGCGAGAUGGUGGACUGCAUCGUGGAGGAGCUGCUGCAGCCGAAGGAAAACAAUCUCACCCCGCGCUCGGAUUAAACGAGUGCGAACAAUCUAACCAUGGCUAUGGUACGCUACUCGGCUCUGGAAGCGUAUCUUGACUUGACACAGCUCGCGCACUAACCGAUCCCGACGGUCUGUGUUACUACAAUGCUGAACCAUUCCUUGACCACUGGUUACACAGAUCGCAUCACGUACAUUGCGAAAGUGUACGUGAAUAUUCAACAACAACAGCAACAACAACAACGAAGAUCGUACAGCUGGCUGUAAUCUCAAAUUGAGGAGGAAAAGAACAGAGACAGACGGAGAAAAGCUCACCGAGGCAUGCAUUAAUUGACAAUUAUUAACUCUAUUACCUUCCUUUUGUAAGGAAAAUCAUAACUGAAUCUUUCUAUAAGACACAACACUAACACACAGCAAUCACACACUUCGUGACUUAACUGUUCCUUAGUGAAGUGAUUGAACUAGUGAUUGAAGGAAUUAUAAAACACAUAUUUAUGUUGUUUGUAGCCCAACAUCAAUGUCUACUUCUGAGAAACGUUGACGAACUACAUUUAAAUGCGCUCUUAUAAAUGUGUUAAUAUUUAUUUAUGCGUUCUAAUAACUAAUACGCGACAGGAAACUAAAAUGACCAUAGCCGGCGGCAGGGUUUUUCAAAUCGGGAUCAACCCCGAAUGAGAAAAGCAGUAACAUCUCAAUCCAAUAAGAAUCAUAUUUGUAAACUGCAGAGAGUGUUUGUGAGGCACAACAAAUCGUUGAAAAAAAAUAGAGAAAAUAAAGCACACAGCAUCAUAACGCUGUAUAAAACGGA